AUGAAACGCAUUGAUAUCUUCUGUGCUUCCCAAGCUUCAACAGCUAUAUGUCUUAGCAUGGAUCAAGCAUCUUGCUCCUCUUCCAAUACCAUUCAACUUGGAGGCCGAACCAUUGACCGCCACAACCCCAUCAUCAAUGAUUCAAGAAGAAGCACUUCCAAGUCUCUCACUGCCCCAUGUUCUUCUUCUCAACCACCCAUCAAUCCCAAGCCUUAUCAUGACCUCCAUAAGGCAAAAAAAAACUCUUCUUUGAAGCCAAAUGACCAGGACAAGAAAAGUGCAAUAAAGGGCCAUGAUCAAAAGAAGAAAAGUACAGCAGAAAAAGUCACUGAACAUGUCACCAACACUUACUCUUCUAAGCCAAUUGAUAUCACUUUGAGGAGGAGUUGGCACAAACCACCCACUGAUUCAAUCACUCCUUCUGGUUCAACUAGAUCUUUGCUCAGUGACAAGGCCUUAUUGGAUGGUUCAUCAGAUUAUGAUCCAGUUUUGGCACUCACAACAGUUAAUAACAAAACUUCUCAAGUUUUUCAUCGAGAUGAAACCAACCCUGCUCCUAAAAACUCUAGUAGCUCUUCCAAUCCAAAAUCCGGUUCCCCAGACCAGGUUGUAGUACUGAGGGUUUCUUUGCAUUGCAAAGGAUGCGAAGGGAAGGUGAGGAAACACCUCUCCAGAAUGCAAGGAGUUAGUUCAUUCAACAUAGAUUUUGCGGCAAAGAAGGUGACAGUAAUUGGGGAUGUGACUCCAUUGAGUGUCUUGGCAAGCAUAUCAAAGGUGAAAAAUGCACAAUUAUGGCCAGCAUCUGCCUCAGCAGUUGGAUCUGGUAUAGUUGAAACAAAGAAAAAAAGUUUAUCUGAUUAA